AUGGCCACUUCGACAGACUCAAUGCCAGCCGCUUGCAAGGUUGUGCUCUCUAAGAACGUUGCAAAUGGCCUCGUUGCGGAGGUCCAGGAAGGUGUCAAGACCUUGGAGAAGCCGCCUCACCUUGUCGGAUUCCUGGCCAACGAUGACCCUGCGGCCUUGAUUGGAUUCCGUUACUCUUUGCGCCAAGUGUCUCGCGACGAUAUCGAAGAGGCUAUUCUGGCUGCCAAUACCGACUCAGACGUUGACGGUAUCAUCGUAUACUACCCGAUCUUCAACAAUCGCCAAGACCAGUAUCUGCAGCAGAUCGUCGACGUAUCCAAAGAUGUAGAAGGUCUUAGCCAUCGCUACAUCUUCAACAUGUACCAGAACAUCCGUUUCCUUGACCCUGAAACCAAGCGGCAGAAGUGCAUCCUUCCUUGCACCCCCUUGGCCAUCAUCAAGAUCCUCGAGUACCUCAACAUUUACAACACGAUCCUACCGUACGGAAACCGGCUAUUUGGACACACUAUCUGCGUGGUGAAUCGCUCAGAGGUUGUUGGCCGGCCACUUGCAGCUCUGUUGGCGAAUGACGGAGCUUGUGUCUACAGCGUGGAUGUCACCGGUGUCCAGAAGUUCACUCGUGAGGGUCUAAAAAAGUGUAGGCACGAAGUCGUGGACUUGGAAGGAAAGACAAUCAAGGAUGUAGCCCCUCUGUGCGAUGUUGUCAUCACAGGUGUUCCCAGCGAUUCGUACAAGUUCGACACAAGCCUCCUCAGAGAAGGUGCCGUCUGUGUCAACUUUUCUAGUGAGAAGAACUUCGGCCCAGAAGUAAAAGAGAAGGCAUCCAUCUUCGUUCCCUCGAUCGGCAAGGUGACUAUCGUGGUUCUGCUCCGGAACCUCUUGAGAUUGAUUCAGAACCAGAGAUUGGAUGAUGUGAAACCUGCUGAAGCCACCGAGCGUCCUGGAACUCUGGAGGCCGCUUCGUAA